AUGAAGUUUCUUGUACUCGUUUUCUGCCUCAUUGCAGCUGGUUUAGCAACUAAGGAGUGUGAAAAAAACGAGGAGCGUGUCGCUUGUCACAACACGUGCGAGCCACAAUGUGGAUACACCCCGAAAACCUGUACUGAGCAAUGCAUCAUGAACACUUGUGAUUGCAAAGAUGGAUUCGUUCGCAACUCGUUGGGAAAAUGUGUGAAGGUCUUUGAGUGCACAGAGGAAACCACCAAAUGCCCACAAAAUGAGCAAUUCAGAGGGUGUGGAACCGCCUGUGAGCCAACUUGUGAGAAUCCAAAGCCAAUGGCUUGCACUAAACAAUGCAUUAUAAAUGUCUGCCAAUGUGCCAAGGGAUUCGUUCGUCAUGGAGACAGAUGCAUUGCCGAGAAAGACUGCCCAAAAUAA